AUGUCAGUUAACGAAUUAGAUUCAACUAUUGGUAGUACAUUAGUAACACGAGUUACUGAUAAUACUGAUGUACCAAUUCGUUCUUUAUAUUCGAAUCAACCUGCAGUAUUAAUUUUUUUACGUCGUUUUGGUUGUCAAUUAUGUCGUUCGUAUGCAUUAAAAUUAAGUAAUGAAUUACAUCCAAUAUUAAAACAAAAUAAUAUUAAUUUUAUUGGUAUUGGUCUUGAAAGAUUUGGCUUAGAAGAAUUUCAAAAAGAAAAUUAUUUUUCCGGUGAUCUUUAUAUUGAUGAAGGAAAAAAAGCAUAUCAAACUUUAGGUUUACCUUAUCUUGGUUGGUUUAAAGGUAUAACAGAUUUAUUUUUAAGAUCAACUAAAGCAUGGAAUGAUGAAACAAAAAAAAUGGGUGUUCAAGGAAAUUUAAAAGGAGAUGGUUUUCAAUUAGGUGCAACAUAUGUUGUUGGACCAAACGAUGGUAAAGUUUGGUUAGCCCAUCCUCAAAAAGAUUAUGGUGAUCAUCCAUCAGUCGAUGAAAUUAUCAAAGCUCUUCGAGAUAAUAUACCAGAUUUUCAUGAAUAG